UUGAGAUUAAAGAGUUCGCGAGGGUCGAAUCCCCAAAUUCCUCCUCCAAUCCAACCCCAAGGAACGAAGAAGGAAGCCACGAUCUGCGCGGGCGGGCGGGCGAUGGGUGGCGGCGAUGCGGAUGCGUUCCGCCGCGUCGAGCGCGUCCGCCGGGAGUUCAAUCGCCUCCACAUCCAGCCGCAAGGGACGACUCAACAGUCCAAUCCCUUUUUCUUGGAGCCACAAGCUAUGCCUCAACAGUUUGGUUGUUUCAAUCGCCUUGUGUUCCAGCCACACACUACGACUCAACUGAUGACUCGAGAGGCUACUCUUUUCACUCGGCGUGUUUAUGUUGGUGACCUUCCUCCCUCUGCUAAUGAACAGACAAUUGGAGUAUUCUUCAAUCAAGUCAUGGCUGUUAUUGGAGGAAACACUGCUGGUCCCGGUGAUGCUGUCUGUGGCAUCUGCAUGAACCAUGAACAAAGAUUUGCUUUAGUUGAGUUCAGAAUGGCUGAGGAAGCAAGCAAUGCAAUGGCUCUGGAUGGCAUUUUGUUUGAAGGGGUGCCAGUGAAGGUUAGAAGGCCAGCAGACUACAACCUUUCCCAGGCAGCUGCCAUGGGCCCGACCCAGCCAAGCCGCAAACUGAAUCUUGCUGCAGUUGGACUAACAGCAGGAUCAGCCGGAGGAGGGUCAGAAGAUCCUGACCGUAUUUUUGUGGGCGGACUUCCCUAUUACUACUCUGAAGCUCAAGUCCGGGACUUGUUGGAAUGCAUUGGGCCUCUUCGAGGGUUUGAGCUUGUGAAAGAUAGGGAAACUGGUAACUCAAAGGGCUACGCGUUCUGUGUUUACAUGGACACCACUGCUACUGACAUUGCUUGCGCUGACCUAAAUGGCAUCAAGAUGGGAGACAAAAUCCUUACUGUCAGACGAGCAAACCAGAGUGCAUCUCAACCCAGACCAGAGCAGGAAAGUAUCCUAUUGCAGGCACAGCAACAGGUGCAAUUACAGGCUACUCGUCAUGCUCGGCGUGUUUAUGUUGGUGGCCUUCCUCCAGAUGCUAACGAACAGACAGUGGCAGUUUACUUUAAUCAAAUCAUGGCUGCUAUUGGGGGAAACACUGCUGGUCCAGGUGACGCUGUUCUCAAUGUAUACAUAAAUCAUGACAAGAAAUUUGCUUCUGUGGAGAUGAGAUCUGUUGAGGAAGCAAGCAAUGCAAUGGCCCUGGAUGGCAUUAUGUUUGAAGGGGUGCCAGUGAAGGUCAGAAGGCCAACAGACUACAACCCUUCCCUUGCAGCUGCACUGGGCCCAAGCCAGCCAAGCCCCAAUCUGAAUCUUGCAGCAGUUGGCCUAACAGCAGGAUCUGGAGGGCUAGAAGAUCCAGACCGUAUUUUUGUGGGUGGCCUUCCGUAUUACUUCACUGAAGCUCAAGUUCGGGAGUUGCUUGAAUCAUUCGGUCCUCUUCGAGGGUUUGAUCUUGUGAAGGAUAAGGAAACUGGUAACUCAAAAGGCUAUGCAUUCUGUGAUUACCAGGACCUCACUGUCACUGAUAUCGCUUGUGCUGCACUAAAUGGUAUCAAGAUGGGUGACAAAAUCCUCACUGUCAGACGAGCAAACCAGGGGGCAUCUCAGCCCACACCAGAGCAGGAAAGUAUCCUAUUGCAGGCACAGCAACAGGUGCAAAUGCAGAAACUUGCCCAUCCAGUUGGAGCGGCCCCUACAAAGGUGGUUUGCCUCGUCCAUGUGGUCAGUGCGGAUGAAUUGGAAGAUGAAGUGUAUGAGGACAUCAUGGACGACAUGAGGGAAGAAGCACGCAGAUAUGGUAAUCUGGUGAAAGUUGUGAUCCCACGUCCUGACCCCAGUGGACCCCCGGUCACUGGAGUCGGAAAGGUGUUCUUGGAAUAUGCAGACGUCUACAGUGCUACCAGAGCGAAGAUGGCUUUGCAUGGAAGGAAAUUUGAUGGGAAGCCAAUGGUGGCCAACUAUUAUCCUGAGCUUAAGUUUGCCAAUUUGGAUUUCGAUGGAUAAUUGCACCAAGAUUCUGGAAGGGAGAAAAAGGAUGAUAAUUGCCACGUAGAUCUUUAUGUAUGUAGACAUACUGUUUGCGCGAAUAAUGGUUUGUUCUCUUACAGUACGAAACCGACAUUUUGACCGUGGAUUUAUACGGAUCCACAAGAGGUUGUGAAUAUGAAGCCAGUGGAUUGCUCAAAUUUUGGCUAGAUUUUUACUUUCUUAGUUACCUUCAGUUUGAUGAGCUUGGCUGUUUUGCUGAUUU